GGCCCUUCCACGGGAGACGCCUGUCCCACGGGGUGGGCAGCCCCCAGAGCCCCCCCCCAGGGUUUGGGUUCAGGCCAGAAGGUCCACGUGGUGACCCUGCUCCGCUCUGCCACCUCCCUUCGCGCGAUCGGGGUUAUUUUGCUGCAUUUUGGAAUUGAUGGCGGAGGGUUGCUGCCAGGCGCGUGGGGAAACACGCUGAUUUUUCCAAAUCAGAGCAGGCCCUGCCCCGCGGGGGGGCUGGGGAUUUUCUCCUCGCCCCGAAGCCCUGGCAGGGCAUCAGGACCCUCUGCCCGCAGCGGGCAGGGGACACGCAGAGGUUGUUUUGGCUUUGGGCGGUGCGAACACCUCCGGCCGUGCGCCUGGCCGGCACCGUGGGCUGAACCAGCACCCGCGCCGUGACGUGGCCUGGCAUGGGGGAAUGCCCCGUGGUUUUAAUCCCAUGGGAGCGCUGAGCUGCCUCGGAGGGCGUCCUCGCCCCGUGCUGACUCAGCGGGAAGCUGCCACUCCAGCGCCCUGCCAGCCGCCGUCCCGCGGGGAGAAGGGGGAGGACGUGGAUGGGGAGCAGGAGGAGCGGGGACAUCCGGACACCCCCCGGGACGAGUUUAGGGAGAAGCAGCGUGGCAGCCGAGCCGUGCCGAGGAGGCUCCCGCGUCAUAGGGCCGAUCCAGCCGACGGCACGUGAGCCCUUCCCCGUGCCGCGGUGCCGGCGCGGAGGAUGCCCGUCGUCGAGGCGCUGCAAGCCGGUGAUGCCGUGAAGCGGGUGACGGUGACGGCGCCUUUCACCUCGGCCAUGCCCGUCCGCAUCCUCCGCAAAGGCCCCGCGUAUUUCCGCCGGCGCGCCGAGCCGGGUGCCGGGAAACCCAGCGCGGUGGAGAGGCUGGAGGCCGACAAGGCCAAGUACGUGAAGAGCCAGCAGGUCGCCAGCACCAAGCAGGAGCCAGUGAAGCCGCCGCUGCUCAAGCAGCCCCUCUUCACCCCGGGCGUGCGCCGGGUCGUGCUCACCCCCAGCCGAAGGGCACCCCCAGGGCCGCGCCGCGCCGAGGCUGGUGGCCCGAAGACCUCCUUGGACCUGGAGAUCCUCAACAACCUCAUCAACUUCUGCGACAGCCCCUUCCCCAAGGCAGAGAGCCCACUGGGGCGGGAGCGCAAGCGGCGGCCGGAGGCGCUGGCGGUGCUGGGCGAUGGGGCAGAGGGUGCUGGCAAGCCGUCGCCGGAGACCCCCGCUGCCUCCAAGCCCCCCGGCAGCGUGACGGUGCGGAGGGUGGACGUCCGUCCCUGCGGGGCUCCGCGGGGCCAGGCGACCCCGGUGCCCGUGUCCCCCACCCCGGGUGGGCUACCGGCCACCCCGCCACGGAGCUCGCCCGCCCGCCCCGAAAGCGCCCGCCGGCAGCCCCUGCUGCACCGCUCCAAAUCGGACCUGAGCGACCGGCUCUCGCGGGCCACCGCCGACCUGGAGCGCUUCUUCAACUACUGCGGCCUCGACCCCGAGGAGGUGCAGGACAUGGGCGCCGAGCGCUUCGCCCGCGCCAGCUCCGACAUCGUGUCCCUCAAGUUUCACAGCGUGAGCACGGCCAGCUCGGAGGGCGGCCGCUCGCCGCCCAGCGCCGCCACGCCGGAGGGGCGGCCGGCCGAGCGCGUCCCGUACGGCAUCUCCGUCAUCGAGCGCAACGCCCGCGUCAUCAAGUGGCUCUACGGGCUGCGCCAAGCCCGGGAGCCCCAGCAAGUCUCUGACGUGUAGCGGUGCGGCGGCGGGGACGGGUUGUGGGCCACGCCGGACGGGGAGGGAGUGGGGACGGGACCCUCGAGCGCAGCCCCUUUCUUGCUUCCCUGCUCCCCGUGCCGCAGCGGCGCUGGCACAGCCCCAGUGAGGUGGCCAGGCAUCCUUCCCGCUGGUGCUGGCUCUGUCAGGCCCCCGUGCCGGCCCCGGAGAGCCAGGUCCCCGUGGGACAGUAGAGGACACGUGUCCCCAACACCCUCCCCUCACCUGCCCCCAUGGGACCCCACGUCUGGUCGGCCUGCCUGCGCUUCCCGGGUGCUCCCGCCUGCCCUGCACCCAUGGGUGGCGGGGGGAAGGGGCCAGAUCCCCCCUGCACGGAGCAGGGAUGCAGGAGCAGCCCCCCCCCCUGCAGCCUCCACCGAGGGGGCCACUCUGCCUGGGGUUGGGGGGGCUGCAUCCCCGUCUUAAUGCUGAAGGUCUGGGAGAAGCUGGGCGCUUCACGGGGCAAAGGGAUGGGGGGGCAAACCCGGCUCCCCCACUUCAGGCAGCACAGGGCUGCGAGUGUCUGCGAGGAGUUGUGUCCCCUCCCGGGUGCCAGCGGGCACGAAGAGCCCUGGUAUUUAUGAAGACAACGGUCGUUGGUCUUUUCCUCAUUUUUACUGUUUUUCCUGAUGUUUGAACUGUAAAUAGUAAUAGUGAUAAUAACGCAGCCGGUUUCAUUAAAUCCCUGGGCUUUGGAGGC